AUGCAGACAGAGACGUGGUUGCAGACGCUGCGCUGGCAGUCGGCGUCCGGCGCGGAGCUGUCGCCCGUGUCGGUGGCGGGUCUGCGCGCGUCGCUGCCCGGCGGGUGGCUGCAGCUGCCGCCCUUCCCCGGCCGCCUCUUCCGGCCGGAGGUGCACGCCGCCGCCUACCGCUGCGCCGCCACCAACGUCGUCGGCUCCGUGGUCAGCCGCGCAGUCACCGUCCGCGCAGUGGUGCUGGACCAGCGGUACGAGGCGCAGGUGCACGACGAGUUCGCCAUCUCCGGCAACACGGCGGUCCUACGCUGCCACGUGCCAGCCUUCGCCAGGGACUUCGUGUCCGUGAGCGGCUGGCUGAGGGGCGACCCGCCUCGCGACCUCACACCUGACGUCACAACAGGUGGUCGCUUCUCUGUGUUCCCCACCGGUGAGCUGCACGUCCGAUCCGCGACAGAGGAGGACGCGCGCGCCGGGCCCUACCGCUGCCGCACCGCGCAUGCGCUCUCCGGACACGCUGCCGUCAGCUCCACCGCCGGCAGGCUGGUGGUGACGGAGGCCCGCGGCUCGGUGGCGCCGCGCCUCACAGACACCCGAAGUCACGUGACCGCCAGGGCCAGGCAGCCAGCGGAGCUGCCCUGCGCUGCGCAGGCCUACCCGCUGCCCCAGUACACGUGA